UUUAAAACGACUAAGGCUGUAAUAUUCAAAUAUGCUCAAAAUGUCCCCCCCUCAAUAUAUUGUUAUAAAAUAGAUGUAGUCCCCCCCCGCCAAUGUUGACUCCAUGGCUACGGCCUUGAAGACGACAAUGGGGGUGCAGCGGGCGAAUGGGCGAUGGUGUUCUUCAGCAGCGCUCUCGGGAGGAUUCUCAGUAAAGUUCCCGGAGAGAAGAGGCUGGGUGUCUAUCGGUUCCUGCCCGUGUUCUUCGUGAUUGGCGGUGCCAUGGAGUGGAUCAUGAUUAACAUGAGAGUCGGCAGAGAGACCUUCUACGACGUCUACAGACGCAAGCAGUCGGAGCGCCGUUACCAGCAGCGCCUCGCCGAGACCUCGCAGUCCAGCGGUUCCAACUAAGAGUCUCGCCUUUCUCGAACAGACGAUCGACUCGGUCACCACCCCACACGUCACUCCGUCUCCUCCCCCCCUUCCCGCCGUUGUUGCUGCCGCCGCUGCCACCACAACCGACUUGCGCUGCUUGCGUAGAAGCUACGGGCGCAAAGAACUGACGGCUCGCACUGGGCCGUGCGUGAGACUUUCGGAGCGAGGUUGUUGACAAUGCCGGCGGGCGUGACGUGGCCGCGCUAUCUCAAGAUGCUGACCGCGAGUCUCCUGUCAAUGCUGGCAGGAGCGGAGGUGGUUCACCGCUACUACCGGCCAGACCUGAGCAUCCCUGAGGUUCCGCCAGCGCCGGGGCAACUGCAGACGCGGCUGUUGGGCAUCGAGGGCACAACGGGGACACCACUCAGUGGCACCAGGGCUGCGGAGGAGGAACGCAGCCAUCCCUCGUGACGGCGUCCACUCCCUCAACCUCGAGCACGUGCACGUGCACGAGUUAACGCACACACGAACAUGCACAGGAGGCACAGCACAUGCACAGAAUGUUAUACCUCCUUCACGAUGGUGAAUCAAAAACGAUAAGACUUUUUAUUUUACCAGGUAAGGCCCACCGAGCCAUCUAGCUCUUUUUCAGAAGCGACCUGGCCACAAUGACAGCUCAUUGUAGUGGCUCAUCAUGUGGACAUAUAUAGUAGCCAAAUACUAUAAACGCCAUGUUUCUAAAUGUGGAGGGAAAAACCGGAGGACCCAGAGAAAAAUCCACAUGACCAUAGGGAGAGAGACGCGCAAACUCCAAAUAAACAGGCGUCAGGGUCAGGAUCAAACCCACGACCUCCUGUAUACCAGGUAAGAUAGUUAACAUCUCACCACCGUGGCACCCACUGUUAUGGUGGCCCACAUGACAGCUGUAUUGGCUACCCCCCCCAUCCGAUCAGUACUGAAGCUGGAGCCGAUGCACUUCAACAUGCAUGCACACACACGCUUGUCGUUUUGUACCGGUUUUGCGUCGCCUUUGAAGUUUGUGAUUUUGUUGUCACUGCGAUUUAGUGACAACUGUGACGAUGUUUAAAUAAUGCCUUGAUUAAAAGUUAAACACCG